AUGGAGCCUGGAACAAACUCUUUUCGAGUAGAAUUUCCUGAUUUUUCCAGCACCAUUCUGCAGAAACUGAACCAGCAGCGCCAGCAAGGACAAUUAUGUGAUGUCUCCAUUGUUGUGCAAGGCCACAUUUUCCGGGCACACAAAGCUGUUCUUGCUGCCAGUUCGCCCUACUUUUGUGACCAGGUGCUUCUGAAAAACAGCAGGAGGAUUAUCCUGCCGGACGUGAUGAACCCGAGAGUGUUUGAGAACAUCCUCCUGUCUAGUUACACGGGACGGCUAGUCAUGCCCGCUUCGGAGAUUGUUAGUUACUUAACAGCGGCAAGCUUCCUGCAGAUGUGGCAUGUGGUAGACAAAUGCACUGAGGUUUUGGAGGGAAACCCUACAGUCCUUUGUCAAAAGCUAAAUCACAGCAGUGACCACCAGUCUCCGAGCAGCAGUAGCUACAAUGGCCUGGUAGAGAGCUUCGAGCUGGGCCCUGGGAGCCAUACCGACUUCCCCAAAUCCCAAGACCUGAGGGAUGGGGAGAACGAAGAGGAGAGCACCAAAGACGAGCUGUCAUCUCAGCUCACCGAGCACGAAUACCUCCCCAGCAACUCGUCCACAGAGCAUGACCGGCUGAGCACGGAAAUGGCAAGCCAGGACGGGGAGGAGGCGGCCAGCGACGGCGCCGAGUUCCACUACACCCGGCCCCUGUACAGCAAGCCCAGCAUAAUGGCGCACAAGCGCUGGAUCCACGUGAAGCCCGAGCGCUUUGAGCAGGCGUGCGAGGGCAUGGACGUGCACGCAGCCUACGAUGAGCAUCAGGUCACCGAGUCCAUCAACAACCUGCAGCCGGAGCACUCGGUCCAGCCUUCGGGAGUGGAGGAUGACUUCCACAUUGCGGAGCAAAAAGUGGAAGCAGAGUUUGACGAACAGGCUGAUGAGAGCAAUUAUGAUGAGCAGGUGGAUUUCUACGGCUCUUCCAUGGAAGAGUUUUCUGGAGAGAGGGCAGAGGGCAGUCUAAUUGGGCACAGACAGGAGGCUGCCCUCCCAGCAGGCUACGGUGAGAAUAUCGACAUGGUAACGGGGAUUAAAGAAGAAGCUUCCCACUUGGGAUUCUCGGCCACUGACAAGCUGUACCCUUGUCAGUGUGGGAAAAGUUUCACUCACAAGAGCCAGAGAGAUCGACACAUGAGUAUGCACCUCGGUCUUCGGCCUUAUGGCUGUGGGGUCUGUGGUAAGAAAUUCAAAAUGAAGCAUCACCUCGUGGGCCACAUGAAAAUUCACACGGGCAUAAAGCCAUACGAGUGUAAUAUCUGUGCAAAGAGAUUUAUGUGGAGGGACAGUUUCCACAGGCACGUGACUUCUUGUACCAAGUCUUACGAAGCUGCAAAGGCUGAGCAGAAUACAACGGAGGCUAACUAA